CUGUUGUUUCAAAUAAAACCGUCGUGCUGUUAACGGCUAGUUGUCAGAGAGAAGCAGCGCGAGCGCAUAAGAGCUUCAUUUCCGCUCCUGAAAAGUCACAAUAAAGCAGAAGUGCAGCGGAAUUAUGGCUGAGGGCGAUAAUAAAAGUGCUAAUUUACUGGCUCAGGAGACAUCUCAGCUGGAGGAGCAGCUGCAGGGAUGGGGCGAGGUCAUCUUAGCCGGGGAUCAGUUCCUGCGCUGGGAGAAGGCCUGGUUCCCCGCUGCACUGGUGGGCAGCACCACUGUUCUCUUCCUACUUGUCUACUACCUGGACCCGUCUGUGCUGACCGGACUGUCCGGCACCGUCAUGGUUCUGUGUCUGGCUGAUUAUCUGGUGCCCACCCUCGCCCCCCGCAUCUUCGGCUCCAACAAAUGGACCACCGAGCAGCAGCAACGAUUCCAUCAGAUCUGUGGGAACCUGGUGAAGACUCAGCGCCGUGUGCUGGGGUGGUGGAAACGUCUGUUUGCCCUCAAGGAAGAGAAGCCCAAGAUGUACUUCCUGUCGGUGAUCAGCACUCUGGUGGCCGUGGCCUGGAUCGGACAGCAGGUCCAUAACCUCUUCCUGACUUACCUGAUCGUGAACUUCCUCCUGUUGCUGCCUGGCCUGAACCAGCACGGCAUCAUCUCCAAGUACGCCGGCAUGGUCAAGAGGGAGGUCAACAAACUGCUCAAGCAGAAGGAGAAGAAAAACGAGUGAAAAAGAAGCGGAUGAUGAGAAUUGAGUAGGAGUAACGAAAUCAAAUUUUGCCCCAAUAACAUUUAAACAGUAGCUCAGACCGCUCAAGCAAAGUUAAAUAAUUAUAUACAAUAAAGCUAAAGAUUUAGGCUUAAAUCCGAGCGCACGGAUUUCUCCACAUUUCACGUCCACCUGAUCACGUCCACGUGUUGACGGUGUAAAAGCGCUUCAGCCUUCUCACCGCUUUAAAGCCAUUCCCUUUUAUAUAACAUUAAGGCUAAUCGCACCACUGAGACGAACGUAGACGAGAACGCUGGAGCUCACGAGCACAAAAUCGUACUGUGGAGUGGUUUUGGUUUCUGUUUGUUUCUUUGUUUUAGUGGUUUUAUUUUGUUCGUCGUUGAAAACUGCACUGAAAGCACCACAGGAGAAGUGUGUGUGUGUGUGUGCGCGCGUGUGUGCGUAUGUGUGUGUGUGUGUCUGUGUGUGUGUGUCCUGUGACCUCCUGCCUGAGGGCUGCAGAGUCGUACUGCUGUUUUUUUUUUUUUUUUUUACUCUCUCUCUCCUCCAGCUGAAGCACUUCAUGCCUGUUUAUGCUGUAAAUACACCCCCCCCUCUCUCCCCCCGUCUGCGCGUGCGUGUUAAGUUCAUGUACCUGUGGGAACUUUCCUUACGGCUCACCCACACGAGCCGUGACACGUCUGUCUGCAUUUCAGUCUUUCUCUUCAGUUCAGUUACCUUCAUAAAUAAAUAAAUAACUAGAACAAUAAAGAUCUGCUCUGACACUUUGA